CAAUGAGAAUUUUCCCCCGAAACCAAUGAAAAUCCCAACCCAACCCGCCUAAUACGAUACACGACAGCCACCCAACCCACUCCCUACAACCUCCGCGAGAGCUCCUCCGCCGGCGACCUCCUCUCUCUCCGUCUCUCUCAUUUUCUCUCCCCGUACGUCUCUCUUCUCCUCCCUGGGCUGCCUGAAUAAACUGGAGCUGACAUUUUAAAUGCUUACUAAGCAUGCUUACCUUGCAACACUCACUUCCGGCCUUCACUCGGGGACUGGAAUUCAUCAAAUCUUCCCACAGUAGAAGCAGUGUAGUGGUAUGUGCUCAAAAGGGUCCAAGACCCAGAUACCCAAGAGUCUGGAAAGCCAAUAAACGGAUCGGAACUGUUUCCAAAUCCCUCAAACUUGUUGAAUCUAUUAAGGGGUUGUCAAAUGUGAAAGAGGAAGUUUAUGGAGCCCUUGAUUCUUUCAUUGCUUGGGAAUUAGAAUUCCCGUUGAUCACAGUGAAGAAGGCACUCAAGUCCCUUGAGAACCAAAGGGAAUGGAAGAGGAUAAUUCAGGUGUCAAAGUGGAUGCUGAGCAAAGGGCAAGGAAGAACAAUGGGGACCUAUUUCACACUGUUAACUGCUUUGGCCGAGGAUGGGAGGAUUGACGAAGCUGAAGAGCUCUGGACUAAGUUGUUUUCGCAGUACUUGGAAAGCAUGCCUCGCAUGUUCUUCGACAAAAUGAUUUCAAUUUACUACCAGCACGGAUUGCACGAUAAGAUGUUUGAGAUAUUUGCUGAUAUGGAGGAGCUUGGCGUACAACCAAAUGUUUCAAUUGUUACGAAGGUUGGAAAUGUCUUUAAGGAGCAAGGUAUGCUGGACAAAUACAACAAGUUGAAGAAGAAAUAUCCGCCACCAAAAUGGGAGUAUCGGUACAUCAAGGGAAAACGCGUUAAAGUCCGAGCAAACUAUCAGAACCAGUCUGAUGGUGCUGCAAAGGUGAUUAGUGAGGAGAAGGAAACAGUCCGCAGCUCCGAAGAGUUGUUAGAAGCUGAAUCGAAUCCAGAUGAACAAAUUGUUGAAGCCGAGGAAGAGGACCAGAACUCAAAUGAUUUAUCGGAGGAAGCCGAAGCAAGUUCAGAUCAACUUAGGGUUCAAUCUUGAUACUGUUCUUGGCCAAUCAGAUUACAUCAGAGGUUUAAGAUGUUUUCAAUCAUCCGUAACCUCAUUUACUUGACAUUACGCAAUUGGUAGUCCGGUGAGAAAGGCGUUCGAGGCAAAACGAACUCAGCUGUAUUCUCUUCGACACAGGCCUGAAACAAGAAUGUUGACCGUGAGGUCUCUGGAAGGGGUCCAGAGCGUAAACUGUUAGCAAAGUUGUAUAAUUAUGUUGUCGAUUGAACAAAAAUCUACGGUAUGUCUGUCGGUUUCGUAUUGUCAAAGUUGAGAGUGGUACAA